GGGGCUCAGGAGGCCUUGGGUCAGCUCGCACAGGGGGUGUUUGCUGUAUGCUUCCGGUAUGUGCAGCCAUGCCGGGGGCGGGCGGGGGUCUGAGGCCAGGCUGCAGCGGCCAUGGCAGCAGCCUGUGCUAAGGCCCUCUUGGGCUGGGAGGAGCUACAGAAGCUCCUGACAGCCUGUCACAGGCCCCUGGGGCUGGCACUGGCUUGGGCUUCACACACACAGGCGCGAGCACACACACACACACAGACGCAUAGGCACCCCUUGGGAGCUACACAGUCCCAUGUUCAGGCCCUGCUUCCCAGGCUCACAGCUGGCUCUGCAGGGACUCACUGACAUGAGACGCACAUCACAGACGCACCUGCUGGUCUUCUUCCUCUGCCUCCUCCCACAGGUAUCUACCCAGCUGUGCCCGACACCGUGCGCCUGCCCCUGGCCGCCUCCCAGAUGCCCACCGGGGGUGCCGCUAGUGCCGGAUGGCUGUGGCUGCUGCCGGGUAUGCGCACGGCGCCUGGGGGAGCCCUGCGACCACCUCCAUGUCUGCGACUCUAGCCAGGGCCUGGUCUGCCAGCCCGGGACGGGCCCCGGCGGCCGGGGGGCCACGUGCCUCUUCGGAGAGGAUGCUGGGAGCUGUGAGGUGAAUGGCCGCCUGUACCGGGACGGGGACACCUUCCAACCGCACUGCAGAGCCCUCUGUCGCUGUGAGGACGGCGGCUUCACCUGCGUGCCACUGUGCAACCAGGACGUGCGGCUGCCCAGCUGGGACUGCCCCCACCCCACGCAGGUGGAGGUCCCCGGCAAGUGCUGCCCCGAGUGGGUGUGCGACCAGGGAGGGGGGCUGAGGACCCAGCCCCUCCCAGCCCGAGGACCCCAGUUUUCCGGCCUCGUCGCUCCCCCGGCCCCCAGUGUCCCCUGCCCGGAAUGGAGCACGGCCUGGGGCCCCUGCUCCACCACCUGUGGGCUGGGCGUGGCCACCCGGGUGUCCAACCAGAACCGCUUCUGCCGCCUGGAGACUCAGCGCCGCCUGUGCCUGCCUGGGCCCUGCCCACCCGCCGGGGGCCGCAGUCCACGGAGCACUGCCUUCUAGAGCCGGCUGGGAAUGGACACUUGGUGCCCACUGUGUCCAGCAGGUGGCCCGGUGCCCAGGCCCUGGGCUGAUAGCAGCAAUCCCGCUAGGAUCCGCCACGCAG